AUGUCUGUAUUGAAUUUGUCUGCUCAAAUUCAUCAGGCUCGAACUCAUGAUUUCCAACACGUCGAGCUUCCUGCAGGGGCAAAAAUUCCAGAAUCAGCUUGUGCAAAAUCAUAUGAAGUGAGGGACUCCCUAGGAGUUAUAUGGAUAUGGAUGUCUCAUAAAAAGACUACCAAGACUGCUAUUACUGCGAAAAGGGAAGAGUCAGCAGCAUUAUUUUUCGAGGUGACUGAGAGAACAGAUCGAGGAUUUGCAGGCAUUUGGGGACAGGGAAAAGCCAUGAUCAUUUCGAGGUUUGGAAGCACAAUGAAACCGUCAUGGCUGUUUGAACUUAUUCCUGAAUGGUACUGGCUGCAGAACACGUGUAAGGUGGAAUCAGAACUAUGCAUGUGCCGAAUUUCGGAAAUAGAUAUAUCUGGCAUGUGA